AACUCAAAUUGAUUUGUCAAAUAAAUAUCUAUAUUUUCGUUUUGUGAUGUGUUCAUAAAAUUAUUUUAUUUCUUCAGUAAUUCAUUAUGAGUACUGAUAAAAAGGGAGCCGUCAAACUGUCCGACGGCUGGAUGCUAUGUACGUCUAAAUCAAAUCCCGGCAGAAAGUACUAUUUCAAUAAAAGGACAGGUAAAUCUUCGUGGACCCAACCACAGGCUAGCGAACAUAAUGAUAGGAAACAUAAAAACAGGAAAGAGAAAGUAAACAGAGAAAAGGCUAGGAAAGAAGAAGCACAGAAGAAGAAUUUGAAAAGGAAAAGCGAUAAUCAUGAGGGACAAGGUACAUCUAAGAAACAGAAACAUAAAAAAGAGACACCAAGCACAUCGAAACCGAAGAAAAGGGAGUUUCCUCCAAAGCACUCCCCUGUACCUAUACCGAGUCUACUCAAAGAAACCCCCGAGAAACAGGCUGCGACAACUCCCGUCAAAAACUUAGCGAACCAAAGGCUCUCACAGCUAAGGGCGCGACUAUCCUCAGAAAUACAAGAUGACAACAGCAACAGUAACGACAAAUCACCUGUUAAAAAGCAGAAAAUCAGUCCCAAACCUGCUCCCACGGAAACAAAGACUAGCACGGAGAAAGACAGUCCCACAAUCAAUGAAACAAAAUGCACAACAUCUCAGUCCCCAAGUAGUGACAGUCUGCAGUCAAUGCCGUCUCCAUCGCAAUUCUUUGCCGCAACCAAAAUUAUAACCUCAAUGAAGGCCCAGCUGCCUGAGAAAUACUGUGAUAAAACAAAGCCAAAAGACACAUUUGCAGAUAUCGAGCAAGGGAUAUGCAAUCAGACAUCCGAGUAUCCUUACAUGAAGCAUCCAGCAACACCGCCUCAGUUCUCUGAAGCCAGCAAGCUCUUAUCUGCUAUCAAAUCAAAAUUGACUAAAGCUGGUAAGGAAGGAGAAGUUAAGACUUAUUCGUCAGCGAGUGAACGUCUGACGGUACUGAGGAAUAGUUUGGAGACUGACCUCAUGGAAACAAAUGAGAGUGAGCCUGUAGUGUUAAGCGAUAGUAUAAGCAAAGAGAAUAAAUGUACGAAUGAUGCAAUGGAUGUGGAUUUAAAGGAGGUAAAGCAGGUGGCGCCUCUAGUAAACUGUACGAAAGAUAACAUCAACACAGAAGUGGUACUGGUUGUGGACACCAAUAUUUUUAUACACGAACUGGACAUUAUAAAGGAUGUGCUCAACUCGAAUAUUAAAGGUUACACAGAACAGCCGACGCUGUUGGUACCGUGGCGAGUUGUGAAUGAGCUCGACCGGCUGAAGGACAACAACAACUGCAACGGCGCCGUCUGGAAGCGAGCCAGGUCCGCCAUGGACUACCUGUAUAAGUCCAUCCCGGAGAACAGCAGGAUUAGAGGUCAACCGCUAAGGGAUGCUAACUCACACAUCUACCCGUGCGAAUCGCCGGACGAUGAGAUCCUGAACUGUGCGCUACAGCAAGCUGAGAGAGGGAAGUCUGUGAUCCUACUAUCAAACGACAAGAUCCUAUGCAGCAAGGCGGGUAUAAACAACAUCAGGAGUAUCGGGCUGUCCGAGCUGAAGGGUCUACUGGAGUCCAAGCCGCAGGAGACCGACCCCGACUUGUAUGACAACUUGAAACAUUACCAGGCGACGAUAUAUCAGCUGCUGGCUAACAUUUUGGAGAACGAAAUGCGAGCGAAAUACAACAACCUAUGGCAACAUGUCCUGUUUAAAGCGCCCCCUUGGACGUUGGCGGAUGUGUUGCAAUGUUUGCUCAAACAUUGGAUCGCGGUUUUCAAUGAGGUCUUUCCCAGAAUUGAGCACCUGAUCACUGAUUUGAAGAACGCCUUGACUUCUGUUGAUAGUAAAGACUCAAAAUCUCUAACGGAAUCAGAAGUAUCGAACUUCAAGGAACUAUGCUUAGACAUAGCAAGAAAGUGCCAGAUAAUACCGGAAUACAUGGAACUAGCCAAGUUGACGGUAGACCGGCUGCUGAACGACCGCACCUGUGACGAGGAAGACGAGAAGAAUGGAGAAAUGCUGGUCAUUGAAGCCUUCGAGAAUGUCUGGACUGUUAUGUCCAGCUUUUGCGCCAAGCUGGCGGGCCACGCGGGCGUGUCGCACAACAUGGAGGACAAGCUCGGCGGCUGGGAGCCGCUCGAGGCGCUCACCACCAAGCUCAUGGUGUUCUCCAGCCAGAUCUGCGCCUUCGCCGCCGCGCUCAAGGGGGUCCUGACGACGGACAUGUCGGAGUCCAGCAUCGAGGAGUUGGAGCGCACGUUCCGCGAGAGUCUGGCCAUCAUCUGCAUCGACGCCGAGGUCAUCACGCACACCAGGCUUGCCGUCUUCUGUAUUAAGUGCAGAAACAUGCUUCAAGAAGCGUACACGAAGUUCUCACAACUAACGGAGUUAAUCGAAGUAUGUAAAAACACCCUUAUAAGCAAAUAAAUAUACAGUGCACAGCCGCGGUCACAAGCUUUGCGUUGUGUUUAUAAAUGUAUAUUAGAUCACUGUACACACAUAAAUACAUGUAACUAGAAUUAUUAUUAAGUAAUUAUCAUUUCUCAUUUUUGUAUUACAAUAAAGUAGGCACGUUUUUAUUUAAGAUAUAAAUGUAGUAUUCGCGUUGUAACCUGCUUAAAUCUAUAAUAAAAUAUUAGAAACGCUUCUGACCGCAACUGUACUCGUGUCUAGUCCGUACUGUACAAAUGUGUACCUAUUUAGAUAAAAAAGAUCUAUCUUUCAAUUUUUAUGACGAAGUUCCUUUCAAAAGCGUCUGUAUCUUUACAAAAUUUAAUUAAAAUUGUUUGUUAGCUAUUGUAAAACACUCCAGAUACAUUAUACCAAAAUAAACAUUUGUUUAAAAAAAUAGGUUAAAUACACUAGUUUUGCUUUCGUUAUUAUUAUAUUAGCUCUCGUGAGGCGAAUUCAUAAUUAUUUCAUUACUGUUACUGUUACCGUAUUUAUUGGGAUCGCCCGACAAGUUUCGCACCAACCAGAGCCCAUGAUCAUGAGCUAACGUAUCGGUGGAUUCUGGCGAUUCCGAUUAACGCGCGGAAGUAAACCGCUAUCACAUAAUCGUGUCAUUAUAAUGUUGCAAGAUAUUACAUCUUUCUUGAAACUAGUCUGCGAACUUUGAGCUGGUAAGCUCUAACUAACUAUAGGCAUGAGGUGUCUUUAAACGCAGUUGUCUCCUUCAUUUCGAUAAUAUAUUCGUUGAUUCUAAUUUAAAAAAUACAUUUCGUUUUGUGAAAGGAACUUCACUGUCUACAAAGACUGAUUAAUCGUUAUAUUUUGAACUUUUUUUUAAUAAACUAUAGUUUCUUUUUAAUCAGUUUUUUUCUGCAUUGUGAACCUCUUGAAGCUUAAAAUCGUUAAAUAUAAAAAUAUUUCAAUUUAAUGUUUGAAUUUUUAAAGUCUUGUUGAUGUUGUCUUAUUAUUAAAAUCUUUGUAUUUGAGGUUCAUGUGUGUUAGAAGUUAAACUGUCAGGUAAGUGUAAAUGUUCAGUCGAAAUUUAAAAAGUAAAUAUAUCAAUAUUUAAUAUUAGAAUAAAUGUAUGUAUCUGUGAAAAUAAACUCUAAUUAGCAAGGUUUUUAUACUUUCCCCGUUUUCUGAAAGGCUUAUCGAAUAAACUCUUAUCGGCUGUCAUUGGCUAACCAAAGGUUCUUGCGGCACCAAUCACCGCCUUCAACAAUUAUUUACUGAAGUCUUUUUUUUGACGAUCAGCCUUUUUUGAACCUGGGAGUAAGCUUCACUUAUCAUCCAUCACAUAUUAAGUUGAAAGCGUGAUAUGAAUGUUAAUAAAUAACAUUUACACUAACCUCUUUAUUUUGGGCGUAAAUUAAAGCAUUUCUUUCAAAUUGUCUCGAUUUGUUAUGAAAAAAAAAGUAAUUUCAGUGUUACGGGUAUCUGUGUAGUUCCAUUUGUAAAUAUAUUAUCUGUGUACACUAGCGGAUGUCAACCGUCAAAUAAUGAAGUUGACGUUUUGAUAUGAUAGUUUUACUCAUAGAGAAAACAAAGAUGGCUGCUCAAAAUGUCAAGAUAUUUUGUAACGUUAUACUUAAUUCAAUGAUGUAUGAAACAGUUGGAUGAAAUGUUUAAUAUUAAAAGUUUUGCCUCCAUGGUUUACUGACUCAUAUUUCUCGGGAUCGGUCGGGUACUUUAAACUCGGAGACAUGGCAAUGGUGUCGCCAGUUGUGUCGCAAGUCGAACUCGACCCAACUUCGCUGGAGUUCGACUUGCAAUACCACCGACGAGCCCGCGAAAUCUGCAUGAAUAUACCUAUGAUAAAAUUUACCAAUCUUUUACAAUAAUAAGGGAUAGAUACAACACAUUUUUUGUUGUUUGGUUUUUUUGGGGCUUCAUAUUUUCUCUAUGAGUAGACCACGAUAGCAUAUUCUAUGUUUUAGCAAUUUAAAUAAUUAAACUUGAUAGAUAAGUAGAUAAAUAAAUAUACAUGUUUAGAUAACUUGUGUAAUAGUAUAUUAUUAAUGUCACUAUUGUUUCGUAAACGUAGGUAAAUAAAUAAUAAAUGGAUUUCCCGCUACAUUGUCGUGUAAGUAAUAGACAUUUUCCCCAUAUGGUUAUUUAUAAUUCUCUAGCACUGAGUGUCAUAGUAAAUAUCUGGUACUCAAUCGAAUUUUCAUUUAAAUCCUUCCUACACAAGGCAACGCAAUUCUACUAUAUUCGACUUAAGCAGAACCCGAGCCUACAAAGAAUUGUGUCUUGGUAUGAAACUUUUUGAGAUUAUAAGGCAGUUAGUCGCAAUUAUCAUUCACCGAUGAACAAUAUUCCUUCUAGUCCAGAGACAUUUCUAAAAUCGUUAACUUAAAAACGUUGGAAUGGAAAAACGAAAUGUCAUUUGUAUACAUUUGAGCGUUAUUUAUUGAAUUUAAUUAUUGUAAAAAUGUCACUAGAGAGAGAGGCAUUAGUGAAUUGCGUUGUCUCGUUUACAAAGGCUUAAUCUUGCUUAUACUCUAAUGCAAUCCGUGUCUAUUUCAAAACAAUAAACGAUUGUAUGAUUGUAGCAUAAUAUUUUUAUGAAUAGUUCUGCCUUUUAAACUCCACAUCUGCAUAUAAAUGACAAAUUAAUUCCGUUUCAUUAUAAAUUUAUCACGUAGUUAUAAUCGUGGCGAGCCAGCUAACUAAUACCUCUCAAAGUAAUAAUGUUUCAGUUGUGGAAGUAGGACAGCAUCUCGCCUCCAAAACUGUGACAGUUUUGUUUAAAGAGCUGUUGGUAUAGCCCCUGGACACUUCGCAUUGGCAUAUAUAUAAUACAUGAUCUUGACGUUCUCGCAUUUAAGCUAUGAAUUAUUAUUAGAAACUGGCUUCCGUGCAUAGAAUUAAACAACUUUCUUCAAAAUGUGAUUUACUAUUUUUCUGUAAAUGUGAAAUUCGGUGUUUGACUAAUAAAUCUAAAUCAGUACGACGGAUAGAUUUCCAGAAAUUAUUAGUAACGUAUUUUUUAUUUUAUUGAAUCAUUGAAUAAUUGGGUAGAUAAAAUGCAUUAACGAUGCUGAAACGUAUGGGAGUAGGGGGAAACGUCACUUGUCGGUAAGGAGUACUGGUAAGUGACGUCACUUUAAAAGAUGAAAUACGUUCUAAUAUUCUUGGAAAUCUAUCUCACAGACUGAUUAGAUUUUUUGUUAACUCAAGUACCCUGACUACUACCCUUUUGACGAUUAUUUAUUGUUAUACGUUAAGUACUUUAUAAUGUAACCACAAACAUGCUGUUCGAAAUCGUUUUUGUUCUGUUACCGAUACGUUAACUAUUAUUCUGCUGUAACUGGUAUUUAAAUAUAUCCUCGUUCUUGUUUGCUAUACCAGUAUUUGUUUUAUAUUGGUAACCAACGAUUGUUACAUGUUACUAGUAAAUUCUGUUGGUUUUUAGAACUAUCGCUUUCACUGUAUAUCAUAAAUAAAUAUUUUUUUUUUUCGUGAAUGACGUGUCUCAAGUUCCAUCCCCGCUUUAGUGUGGUGGAAGUUCUAUAAAUAGCAGUAUAUGUAAACAUGUUUUAUACAAAAGAUAAACAAUUCAGCAUCAGAUGUCCUCAACUUUUUUUGCGCCUUUUAAGUAACAAACUUUUUUCGUACUACUUAAAAAAACCUAAUUGCUUUAUUAUAUCUAAAAACGUAUGUUUAAACCUAACAAGUUUAUUUAUUUUUAUUGUUAAAGUAAUUUACUUAUAAGGCUCUUAUACACGAGGCAACUCAAGUUUCCGAUACCUUACUUGAGUCUCCAACGACGCGUGCCAAUGUGAGAACCCCUAAAAAUAAUUUGUUUAGUUGAAUAUACCUUCUAACUAUGAAUUUUAACUGUGACUAGAAGAUUAGUCAUCGUGUGUUGGGUUUGCGUUGCCUCGCGUACAGCUUAAAACCUAGGAUAAGAGUAAAUAUUAACAUUUCCAAUAUACAUUAGCAGAUGAAGUUAAUUUAAAUAUUCAUAUAUAGAGGGAUAUUUAUAUAGCUAUGUAUUAUUUUUGUAAUUUCAGAAUCGUAACCUGUAUCUGCCUGUUAUUUCUAACUAUAGAUGAAUUACAUAUAAUCACGUUAUCUUAUUAUUUACAGUCAGCAAUUAAAGUAUAAACAUUAUCAGAUUUACAAGGCUCCUGAAAACACUCGAAUAAAUGUCUACUAAAAUCUUUCUAAACACAAAUAUUAUAGAUGAUUCUAAACACAAAUAUUAUAACAAUUUUUUCAGUUCGUAAAUCUAAUUUUAUUUAACGACUUUUCUUGCUGACCGUAGUUUACAUUUGUUUAGAUCUAUCGGCAAUCUUUCAAUUAGAAAUGAUAAUUCAACUUGAACCAUGCAACAUGGCAAUGUUUAAAAUUCGUUAAACUUCUUCGUUUAAAUUACGUUUUUUCGACCGUUUUUUUUAUAUUAACAUGUAAUCAAACAAUAAGUUAGUUCUUUGAUAAGUUAGGUAGUUAUAGCAACUAUUUUACUUAUUUAUUACAUAAUUAUAGGUUAACUUAGCCCGCGUAAUUAUAGUUGUGUCACAUGUUUAAAAUAAUUUACGAAAAUCAACCUUAUCCCUAAUGAAAUAAGGUGCUGUAAAUGAUAGCUUUUUUAUCAUCUCUCAUUACUUCUGUGACUGUUAUAUUUCAAGUUCUAAAUCACUUAACUUAUUACAGUCAAUUAUUUACCAAUAAUAAGCUACAUUAUCAGCAUGUACGCUUUAUUUCAACCCCGUAUGCAAACGAGAUUGUUGGUCUAAUUGUGCACAAAAAUAUUUAUUUAAAAUGAACAUAGAACUUUUUAUGUAUCAAAACUUAAAAUUAUGUCACACAUUAUCUUUUUAAUUUAUCUAAAAAUAAACUGAUUAUAUAAAAUGAUAUAACAACACCUUAAAACGUUUGAAAUUAGUCAAUUUUUGUAGAUUAAUUAAAUAUUUGGCUUAACUUUUUUUAUGCCCAUUGUUUAACGACUCUUAAUUAAUUCAUAGCAAAUAUAGAAAAAAAAGGUUAAAUAUAGAACGAACACAA